CACUUUAAACAAAUUUAUUUUUAAUUUCGUCCGUCUCAAGGCCUUCCAAGCAAAGAAAUAAAUAACACAAUGAGAAACAAAGCGUUUUCAUUGUAAGUAUUCCACAAAGACGAUUUGAACUUAACCCAGUAUAUUGAACUUGCUUGGCCAAUUAUUGUAUUUAAAACUGAGUAGGUAUAAAAAGUUUAAUGUACCGUUCCAUUUUUUAUCACAUUUGCUUUUUGACUUAUUUAAUUAAUUUGCGCGAAGCAUUGCAUCAAAAAUCACCACAAUGGUGAUGGUGAGUUGUUUCCUUUGUUCUAAGGAAUACUUACAAAAUAAAUUCAAAAAUAAUAGCUUGUGGUUAGUAUGAUUCCUUCAUAUUAGUUUCUGCGAUGGAUGAAAGUUUCCUGCUUCCGUAGUUCCGCUUUUCCGAGUCUACUUUUCCGAUAUACGACGUUGCCAAGAGGUACAACAACGCAAUGAAAUCUCUGGAUUUUAUUCUAUAUUGGUGGUAUCACAUGGGCAAAUUUGGCAACUGAUUUGAAUUUCGGUUUUCUCUGUCACAACCGGGCUCACAUUCGGGUGGUAUUCGGUCGGCAAUUUUUGAGUGAUGUGAAUGUGAAUUGGGUCUAUAACGUGCGUUAUUGACUUGUUUUUAAAUUACGAUCGGUUGUUAGGGGUCGUGCUUAAUUUUUGAUGUAAUACGCGUGAUAAUAUUUUGUGAUAGUAUUGUUCGGGGUGAAUUUAUUUUUUUUUGGAUUUGAUUUUAGUCAUUAGUUUUCCACCAAUUUUCCCCUUGUGUUAAUCUGAAUUGGUGUAUAUUUAAUAUGUUUAAUUAGUAAUUGGCCGCUUCUAAAAAGGCUUUUUCUGUAUUUUAAGGACAUGUCUUUAUUGUGAACAGCAAGAUCACAUCAAAGAAGACUCUACUAUUCAAACCAUGAGCAACGCAGUGGACCAAGGCCCGUUGGCAGGUCUAGCUUUACCGGAUAGCCCUGGAUUGUCUUCUAGCGGAGGGUCGAUAGUUUUCGAAGCCGCCACACAAACGCCAACUUCCGAGGGCUGUGAUUCACCCUUAUUUACGCAGAAAGGUUACUGUUUAAAGACGGCCGGUCACAGUGCUCACGCGCUCACCAACAUACAAAAGAUGCGGCUACACGGUCAAUUGUGCGAUGUUACUUUAAAAAUAGGAAUAGAAAAAUUUAGAGCUCACAAGGUCGUCUUGGCUUCCGUUAGCCCGUAUUUUUUCGCUAUGUUCAACGGCGAAAUGAAGGAACACAACCAGCACGAAAUAGCCAUACACGACAUGGAUGCCACUGCGGUCGAUUUGCUUCUCGAAUACGCCUACACCGGCCAAAUAACGAUCACUGCCGAUAACGUACAAGUGUUACUGCCUGCCAGUAGCCUGUUGCAGAUGCACGAAGUGAGGGAGGCGUGUUGUAGGUUCCUUUUGAGGCAGCUGCAUCCCACCAACUGUCUGGGAAUCCGAAGUUUCGCGGAUACGCAUUCCUGUAAAGAGCUGCACCUCAAAUCUCACAUAUACGCCUUGCAAAAUUUUCAGCAGGUCGUUUCCACCGAAGAGUUUUUGUUUUUGCCGUUCGAAGAAGUAAAGGAGCUGAUUUCUAACAGUCAGUUAAACAUCGCAUCCGAGGAAGAUGUUUUUACGGCAGUGCUCAAUUGGGUCAAACACGAUCUGAUAGAACGAGAAAAGUACAUUUCCGAACUCAUGAUCCACGUCAGACUGCCGCUGGUAAAUCGGGAAUUCUUAAUGACGCGCGUAGACAACGAAAAACUGAUCAGGGACAACAACGAGUGCAGGGAACUGCUCCUGGAAGCGAUGCGAUACCAUCUGGCGCCGGAAAGGAGAUGCGCCUUGUCCACCACGAGAACGAUGGAGAGGAAACCCAAGGGGGCCGACCCUUACAUUUUCGCCAUAGGGGGCGGGUCUCUGUUCGCCAUUCAUUCCGAAUGCGAGGUCUACAAUCCGAAAAACGACCUCUGGCAUCCGAUAGCUCCGAUGCAAUGGAGACGAUCUAGGUCCGGGGUCACCGGCCUUAGAAGGUUACUUUACGUUGUCGGCGGAUACGACGGCGCCGCAGAUUUGGCAACCGCGGAAUGCUAUAACCCUCUGACGAACGUGUGGUCCGCCAUCACUCCCAUGGGCACCAAAAGAUCUUGCCUGGGCAUCUGCUCGUUCGACGGUCUCAUCUACGCGUGCGGCGGGUACGACGGUGCCUCUUGCUUGAGCUCCAUGGAAAGGUUCGACCCUCUCACCGGAGUCUGGUGCAGCUGUCCUGCCAUGAACACCAGGAGGCGCUACUGUAGGAUUUCCGUCGUGGAAAACUGCAUCUACGCUCUGGGCGGCUUCGAUUCAACCAAUUACCAAGCUUCGGUGGAAAGAUUUGAUCCGAGAGACGGUAAAUGGCAGUCGGUGCCGUCCAUGUCAACGAAACGUUCUAGUUGCGGCGUGGCCACCUUAGAUGGACAUCUUUAUUGCAUCGGAGGAAAUGAUGGGACAAUGUGCAUGAGCAGCGGCGAGAGGCUAAAUAUAAGAAGGAACGCUUGGGAGCCUAUAUCCGCCAUGCAUAACCGAAGGGCCACCCACGAGGUGGUAGCCAUCAACGGCCACAUUUACUCAUUGGGCGGUACCGAUGGCAGUUCGAGUUUAAAUUCGGUCGAGCAGUACGAUCCCAAAUGCAACAAAUGGAUCCUGGUAAAGAGUAUGGCGUCGCGAAGAAGCUCGGUGGGCGCGGCCGUUUUGGACUGCAUCAAUAUCGAAUACGUGUUGAGACAGACGAGGCUAGGCAGUUGAUGAUGCCCGUUAAGGGCCUCUAAAGUAAACGGAAAGGGUAACUUGAAAGUGAUCUCAUCGGUUUGGGAACAUCAUGACAUGAUGACAUAUUUUUUGCUUCGAUCUAGUCACUUUGGAAUAAUAUGCGCAACUUGGCGGUAUUAACGUGACGUAGUGUUUUGGCCUUAACGUAGUGUAUCUGUCAAAUGUGGCUUAUUAAUUAUUACCACUCGGGUGGAUCUAGCAACACGAACUUUCUUCUUACUUUAUACAGAUUCUAUCGGAAGUUUAUUCUGUCCAUACAGGGUGUUUCGAAAAGUAUGCGCCGACGCUUGCCUGGAGAUUUGUCAAAAAGACAAAAAAAAUCAUAUAAGAUAUGCUUUUUACAAUAUUUUCAAUUAAUUUUAAUUGGCUAACUUUGCUUUAAAAUAAUAUUGCUUGAAUGAGGUCUUCGGAGCAACCGAUUUAUUCAAAAAUUAUUUAAUAUGUAUUAUAAUUUACCACACCACAUAAUUGGUUUGCUUAGAAACACACACAUACAUCACGCCAAAAAAAUGUGCGCCACUGACUUGCAAUGUUUUUUGCUUUGAAUAACCCACUCAUUGAGUUGCUUUCAACUUUUUCUUAAAAUUAGUUCUAAAAACACAAAAGGCGAUGAAAAUUGAGAAAUCUUGGGAACCAAGCAUUUUACGUUCAUGUGAACGUUUUUUAGCGCAUAUUUUUUGUAUUUAUAUUUCCAAUUAUUAAUGAAUCUGCCCAUAUACAAGUUUUCGUUUCAUCUUCGUGAAAUUCUUGAAACUCUUCGGGAGGCUGUUAUCUUGAAUUAUACUUGUUUUUUUGCUAGAUUUACUGCGAAAAUUUUACCAUUUUUACUACUUACCCGGUUAAAAUGCGUAACACGUAUACUUUAUAGUUCGUUGUGAAAUGUUUCUGUGAUAAAUUAGUAUUCAUCAAAGGAACCAAACGCUACUUGAGCCGUAGUUCAAAUGUACCGACAUAUUGGUUAUUGUUUUUCUUCCAUUGUACUUCCUGUGACAUGGUAUGGGUUUAAAACACUUUUCUUUUAGACGGAUUUUUAUACUUACUAAGCCAGAAUCGGGUUUAAUUUCUCACGUUACCUAGUUAAUUGUUGCGCUAGUCUCAUAGAUUUAGGGUUUGAAAAGCUUGUUUGUUUUCGAGAGCAUCUAAAUUGUUACUUAGGGCAAUUAUAUACAAUUUGUAAAUCUAUGUGCAAUUUUAUAUAUAUUUGGAUUUUAAACAUGUACGUUACGGUAUAACCACGCACU